UCUGGAGACAAGGUAAAUGUCUAAUGUUAUUAUUCUAUGAUGUUGAUCCCUCCGAUGUGCGCAAGCAGAGUGGUAGUUAUGAAGAAGCGUUUGUGGAACAUGAAAAGCGUUACUUGUUGGAUAAAGACAAGGUAUUCAGGUGGAGGGGAGCUCUCACUCAAAUUGCUAGUUUGUCCGGGUGGCAUCUCCAGGACGGGCAUGAAGCUGAGACUAUUCGGUCUAUCAUUCAAGAAAUUUUAUCACAACUGGACAACAAAUACUUAUUUGUAGCACUCUACCCAGUUGGAGUAAAGACUCGCAUGAAAGACAUUAAUUCACUUUUAUGUGUUGGAGCUAAUGAUGUUCGCAUGGUAGGAAUUUUGGGAAUGGGCGGAAUGGGAAAAACAACCAUUACUAAAGCCAUUUAUAACAAAUUUUAUCUUCAUUUUGAAGGUAGAUGCUUUCUUGGAAAUGUUAGGGAAACUUCCAAGCAGCAUGGUCUGGUUUAUCUACAAAAGCAACUUCUUUCCAAAACCUUGAGGAUAGGAAAUAUAGAGGUAAGUAGUGUUGAUAGAGGAAUCGUUAUGAUACCAGAAAGACUUCGUCAUAAAAGGGUACUUGUUAUAGUCGGUGAUGUAGACCAGCCAAAGCAACUAAAUGCCUUAGCUGGAAGUCGUGAUUGGUUUGGUUUGGGAAGUAGAAUUAUUAUAACAACCAGAGAUGAGCAGUUGCUAACGAAUCUUCAAGUGGAUGGCAUAUAUAGAGCUAAACAAAUGGGUGACAGUGAAUCUCUUGAGCUCUUUAGUUGGCAUGCCUUUAGAAAUAAAUAUCCAGCUGUAGGUUAUAUGGGCAUCUCAAAAAGUGUAGUUGCUUAUUCAAGUGGAUUGCCACUGGCUCUUGAAGUUUUGGGUUCUUUUUUGUUCAACAGGAGCAUGAAAGAAUGGGACUGUGCAUUGGAGAAAUUAAAAAGAAUUCCCCAUGAUAAAGUUCAAGAAAAACUAAAAAUAAGCUUUGAUGCACUAAGCGAUAAUACAUAUAAGGAUAUAUUCCUUGAUAUAUCAUGUUUCUUUAUUGGAAUGGACAAAAGCUAUGUUGUACAAAUAUUGAAUGGUUGUGAUUUUUUUGCCGAAAUUGGAAUCAGUGUACUCAUUGAGCGGUGUCUUCUUACGGUUGAUGAGAGAAACAAGCUUAUGAUGCAUGAUUUGCUUCGAGACAUGGGAAGAGAAAUUGUUCGUGAAAAUGACCCCAAGGAACCUGGUAAACGUAGUAGAUUAUGGCUGGAUGAGGAGGUAAUUGACAUACUGACACUAUGUAAGGGAAUGGAAGGAGUUGAAGGACUCGCUUUAAAAUUGCCAAGAAGUGAGGUGAAUUUCAAUACAAAAGCAUUUAUAAACAUGGGAAGGAUGAGAUUACUCCAACUUGAUUAUGCACAACUCACUGGGGAUUAUAAAUAUCUUUCCAAAGAGUUACGGUGGCUCCGUUGGCAUCGAUUCCCUCUAAAGUCUAUGCCAAACAACUUUUAUCCAAGAAAGAUAGUUGCAAUUGACUUGCGAUAUAGCAAUCUUAGAGAAGUUUGGAAAGAUCCCAAGCUGCUCAAUAAGUUGGAAGUCCUAAAUCUCAGUCAUUCACAUGAUCUAACCCGGACCCCUAACUUUUCAAGACUCCCCAAUCUUAAAAAAUUUAUACUCAAAGAUUGUACAAGUUUGUUUGAGGUUCACUAAUCUAUUAGAGAUCUUGAUAAACUUGUUUUGCUAAAUUUGAAAGGUUGCAAAAAGCUUAGAAGUCUGCCGAGGAGUGUCUAUAAGUUGAAGUCUCUUGAAACUCUCAUUCUUUCUGAUUGUUCUAAUAUUGACAAUUUGGCUGACGAUGUGGGGGAGAUGGAAUGCUUGACUACUCUUCGGAUGGAUAACACUGCCAUAAGAACAGUUCAAUCUACCAUAAACCGACUGAAGAACCUCAAAAAAGACUCACGCAAAAUGUUUUAACCAGAGACGGUAAUCUAAGAUUACCACAUGAAAAUCUUAGGUAUAUCCUCCAAAUUCCA